GAAAUUGACGUUAACGUCGGCCAUUUUGCAGGUUUUACUGAGACUGCUACACGUGUUCUAUUGCCGAAAUGGCGGUUACUAAGAAACCGGCGCCUAAAAAAGGCCAAUUGCACCAGAAGACUGGCAAGAAAGGCAUCAAAGGUGGUAAAAUCCGUGGCAAGGGCCAGAAAAGGAAAAUCAGCCUCAAAUUCGCGAUUGACUGCACACAUCCAGCUGAAGACAGCAUUUUGGACGUUGGUAACUUCGAGAAAUACUUGAAGGAACACGUUAAAGUUGAGGGCAAAACAAAUAACCUAGGCAAUCACGUUGUCAUUGCUAGGGAUAAGACAAAAGUGGCUAUCAGUGCAGACAUUCCCUUCUCUAAGAGGUACCUUAAAUACUUGACAAAGCGUUACCUCAAGAAAAACAAUCUUCGUGACUGGCUCCGAGUGGUGGCAUCUGCACAUGAUUCCUAUGAGCUUCGCUACUUCAACAUCAACGCAGACAGUGACAAUGAAGAUAAUGAAGAUUAAGCUAUUUAAAAUACAAUAGUUUUACACACAAUA